AUGCGCAAGAGUGUAUAUCUCGACAACACUAUCGAGUUUCUACGAGGUAGGGUGUACCUAGGUGCCUACGACUAUACGCCAGAAGAUACUGAUGAGUUAGUGUUCUUUACCGUGGAGGAUGCAAUUUUUUAUAAUAGCUUCCACUUGGAUUUCGGUCCCAUGAACAUCGGCCAUCUGUAUCGUUUUGCCGUUAUUUUCCAUGAGAUCUUGAACGAUCCUGAAAAUGCUAAUAAAGCCGUGGUUUUCUACUCUUCUGCAUCUACCAGGCAGCGUGCUAACGCCGCAUGUCUGCUUUGCUGCUACAUGAUCCUUGUGCAGGCAUGGACUCCGCACCAAGUGCUUCAGCCCUUGGCGCAGGUGGACCCUCCCUUCAUGCCAUUUAGAGAUGCCGGCUAUUCCAAUGCGGAUUUCGAAAUAACCAUCCAGGAUGUGGUUUAUGGUGUUUGGAGGGCCAAGGAGAAAAGCUUGAUUGAUUUGCAUUCGUUUAAUCUGGAAAGUUAUGAGAAAUACGAACACGUGGAGUAUGGUGACUUUAAUGUCUUGACUCCGGAUUUCAUUGCAUUUGCGUCUCCACAAGAGGACCACACAAAAGGCCAUGUGGCCACCAAGUCGUCCCAUUUGAAUCAGCCAUUUAGAUCCGUCUUGAAUUUUUUCGCUAAUAAUGAUGUCCAAUUGGUGGUAAGGUUGAAUUCGCAUCUAUACAACAAAAAGCAUUUUGAAGACAUCGGCAUUCAGCAUCUGGACUUGAUAUUUGAAGACGGUACUUGCCCAGACCUGUCCAUCGUCAAAAACUUUGUUGGUGCUGCUGAGACAAUAAUCAAAAGAGGCGGGAAAAUUGCCGUGCAUUGUAAAGCUGGGUUGGGCAGAACCGGCUGUUUGAUUGGUGCUCAUUUGAUAUACACCUACGGAUUCACCGCCAAUGAGUGUAUUGGAUUUUUAAGGUUUGUAAGACCGGGCAUGGUAGUCGGGCCUCAACAGCAUUGGUUAUACUUACACCAAAACGACUUCAGAGAAUGGAAGUAUACGACUAGAAUUUCUUUGAAGCCUAGUGAGGCUAUUGGUGGACUUUACCCCUUAAUAAAUCUAGAAGAAUAUCGUUUACAAAAGAAAAAACUCAAGGAUGACAAAAAAGUUGCUCAAAAUAAUAUCGAAGGUGAUUUAAGAGAUUUGACAAUGACGCCGCCACCUAACAGCCAUGGAGCGCUUAAUACCAGAAAUUCGAGCCAACCUUCAACAGCGAAUAGCGGCAGUAAUGCAUUUAAAAGUUUGGGUGUGCCACAGACUUCGCCUGGUCAGCCGAGAAAGGGCCAGAACGGUUCUAAUACUAUAGAAGAUAUCAACAAUAACAACAAUAUGACUUCUCAUGCCGGCAGGAAAGCAGUAAUAGAAAGCAAUAACUCGGAUGAUGAAUCCAUGCACGAUACCAAUAGCAUAAGCAAUAAUUACUCUAAGAGUCCACGCAGAAGAAACGACAUCUUGUCUGCUUCAUCGUCCCGAAUGGAAGAUAAUGAAAUCAACGCAACGAACAACAUCAACAAUGCGGCGGAUGAUACCAUACUAAGACAGCUAUUGCCCAAGAAUAGAAGAGUAACGUCAGGGAAAAGGACAACGAGCGCCGCAGGUGGUAUAAGAAAGAUAAGUGCUUCCAUCAAAAAAUAA